CUAUCAGAGCCGCAGGUCCACACUCAUCACCACAACACGAGCCCUGUAAUGGCUGAGACCGAGGAAGAGACGGAAGAUGCAGCCGAGCUCAGCACAGAUGAAGAGUAUUUACCUGCUGGUGAGCGCAGUCCCAUGGCACCGCCCACACCCACAGUGCCCAAGGYCCAGAAUCCACCAAACAGGAGCAGUGAUGCUGCAGAGAACGUCUCCGACAAAGACUGCGUUCAGUGUCCCGUCUGCUUCAAGUCCUUCAAGAGCAAAUACUACCUGAAAGUCCACAACAGGCGGCACACGGGAGAGAGACCUUUUGGAUGCCUGAAGUGUGGGAAGAGGUACUUCAGGAAGGAUAACCUGGUGUUUCACCAGAGCAGGGACUGCAGCAGAGUUCUGACCUGCUCCACCUGCUCCUCCAACUUCAGCACCAAGCAGGAGCUGAGGACUCACGUGGUCUCACACACAGGACAGAUGCCCCACAAGUGCUCGACUUGCAGCGAUCAGUUCAUGUACAAGAAGAACCUGACGAUGCACGUGGUGAAGGUCCACGGUCAUCCCAAACCACAUGCAGAACGAGCGUCCCUUUGUUUGUAACGUCUGUGGCCACGCCUUCUCUCAGAAAAGCAACCUCAACUUGCACCUGAGCAUGCACAGCAAUGAGAGACCCUACCAGUGUGACCUCUGCGGGAAAACCUUCAGGACACCAGCCAGCAUGGAUCGGCACCAGCGGACGCACACGGGCGAGCGUCCCUACAGCUGCGACGUCUGUGAGAAGCGGUUCACMGAGAAAGGCGCCCUCCUUCGACACAAGGCCAGCAAGCACGAGGAGGGCCGGCCCCACGGCUGUCACAUCUGUAACAAAACAUUCAAAGUCAAGCAACAGCUGCACGUCCACCUGCGCCGACACAAAGGCAUGAGGAAGUUUGAGUGCGUCGACUGCGGCUACAAGUUCACCCGACAGGCUCACCUGCAGCGACACCUCCUCAUCCACAAGCGCACAGAGAACUACAGCCCGCGGCAGAGGAAGCUGAGAAACGUCAUCGUACAGGAAGUGGAUGGAAGUCCAGAAUCUGGCCAGGCUCCACAGACCAGAGACUCCGCCCCUGUGUCGCCCACCCCCCCACAGCCGGACUCUCCUCUGGGCCUGGACCACGGCAGCGUGGUCGGGGUGGUCGUGGAGUCCGGGGGCGGGGCAGGGAAAGCAGGCAGCGACCAAUCAGAAGGCAGAGGGUUCCUCUGAGUCUGAAACAAGUCAGCUGGUCAGGGAGGAGAACGCAGCGGACCUGGAGGAGAUCACUGAGGAUUUAUCUGAAAGUAAAACCUGACACAACUGCUCCUCGACCUCCUUUUACACYGGAUCAGUUCACACAACUGAGCCAGAACUCAGAGGAACCUGCAGCAGAACAUAAUGAACCCUGAGGCCAUCAGUGGCACCUGAUUUAAAGAUUUGAUGCAAAAUGAAAAAGUCAGAUUUGAAGUGAUUGARAUCUUCCACUCAGAGUUAUGAAAUUAUGAGGUGUGUAGAAUCAGUGAGGUGAAGUUUCUGGUGUCAUCAUGGAUGAAAAUCUGACAUGGAGGCCUCACAUAAAUUAUUAGCUGUAUUGGAGUACUGCACAAAGUAAGGCAGUUAUUAGAUGAUAAUGAUAUGUUGUAUAAUGUAAUGGUUGUUACACACUUGAUUUAUUGCGUUGAAGUUUGGGGGAAAGCAUGAAAAACAAUUAUAAACCCUAUUUUUGUUUUUACAGAAAAGAGCUGUAAGAAUGAUCACUAUAAAACACUACAGUCAC